GCGGCGGGCGGAGCCGCCCCUCUUCUCUGUCCAGGCACUGGGUGGUCCAUCCGUCAGCUCACCGGUCCCUGCCUCUCUCCCAAAUUCCUCCGAGGGAUUCCCGAGGAGUGCGCUCGGACUGGGGGGGUUGAGCAGGAACGCCCUCCCAGUCACCCGAGGCUCCUGCGCCCCGCCGGAAGCCGGGGGUGCGUGGGGAGUGCUGUGCCCGCGGAAGGGCUCCGAGACGGGAACUCCACUUGGACCCCGGCUCUUGGACCAGCCACCCGCGGUGGCCCCCAAGUCGGGGACGCGGGCCCCCAGAAGUCUGGGGCUCCCCAGGAAGCGAAGCGGAUGGAAGAUCACUCGGCUCGGGGUCCUGGGUCCCCACCCCGCCCCGCCCCCGGGCCGCAGAGUCACAAAGGCCCCUGGGCAACCCGCGGAGUGCGGAGGGAGGCUGGGCUCUGGGAAGUCCGCGCGCCGCUUCGGAGGCAGGGCAAGUGGGCGCGGGCCUGGGGCGGCGGCGGCGGGGCCGGGAGAGGAGGGCUGGGGGUCUCGAGAAGGUAAGGGGCAGGCAGAGCGGCCGGGGAGGUGGGCCCGGCCAGGGGAGCCAAGGGGAGUGUGGUGGAGGGGGUAGAGUGCGGGCUCUCAGGUGGUCUCAGGGAAGCGGGCUUGGGACCAGGGGUGUGUAGGAUGCAGCAACGGGCUCAGAACCACCUUCCCGGGUUCGCGACCAGCCCCUCUGGGUUUUCCACCUGAGCAGCUGCUGGAGACUGGAAAACAUCCCUCACACGUCACAGAGGCACCGUUUCCCUCCAGCGGUGAAAUCCGCCCCAGCCUCCAGCCAGAGCAGGGCUUAGGCCUGGGGUCCUAGGGUCCUGCUCUCAGCUGGCACCUCACCCCAGACACACUCCCUGCUGUCCCCAGGGGCCUGUUCUCGCCCCAAUGCCCUGGGAAGGUCAGGGGUUGCCCUUUUGGGCGUGAGGCAGAUAUGGCUUCACCACGUACCUGCGUGGCCUUGGGGAACUCAGCAACUGCUUGGCUCUCAUUUGCGGUUCGUCCAAGUUCGUCCAAGGCCCAAGUGGCUGUGACAACCUGAGAUCUCCAGGGUUGCUGGGUGCCCGGGGCAGCAGCCAGGGGUGCGGCUUGCUCUCCAGGGAGCUGCGGCAGAACCUGGGGCCACAGCUGCACUCAGCCGGUGCAGCCACAGACAGAGGGUGCUCAGCACUGGGCUCAAGCCCUGGAUGAGAGCGAGAACCAAGCUUCUUAGCCUCAGGCUCCAUCUGGGAAAUGGAGUGUUGCUUGUGGAGUCCGUGAGCUCGCCAGGGACAGGGUCCCAGGUCCACAGCGAGGGCCCACAGCGUGGGAGGAGGGCUGCUCCUCUGGGCCCAGGCCUGGCCGCCCUCCUCCCAUGCUGAGCGGCCAGCUGGCCUAGUCUUUGGUGAGGCCUGUCUCUGCUCUACAACUGCAGUGAGGCGUGCAGCUCCCCCAGGGAGAACUGGAGCGGGAGGAUGGCCCACGAAUGUCCCCAAGGGGGGUCCCGUGCUGCUUAGGACCACGCCGUCCCCUCUCCACGGCCCUGAGGGGUGCCGGCAACCCCUUUCAGCAGCAGGGCUAGGAACUGGGGCCCUUGCAGACCACAGGUCAGGGCUGGGGUUUCUGCCCUGGCCGUUCUGGCCAGAAGCCCACAGUCCUAGUUCUUCCCUGUGCUGUCCCGCAGGCCACUGGUUGUCAGUAGAGGUUUUUGCUCCUCAGCAUAAACUGUGUCCAGAUCUGUAGCCUGCCCAUCCAGCCCUCCAGGCAGCCUCUUCCCAGUGAGUUGUGCCCCCGAGGAAGGACAGAGGCCCAGCAUGGGGUCAGUGGGCUGAAUCCAUCCCCCGAACGUGCCACAGCCUGGGGGAGGCCAGCCUGCCUGGCAGCUGACACCCAGCCCUCCCCACAGCUCCCGGAUAAUGAGCUCCCACGUGGCAGGCCUGGGCCUGGACAAGAUGAAGCUGGGCAAACCCCAGUCCUUCCUGGACCCGGAGGAGGCAGAUGACCAACAGCUGCUGGAGCCAGAGGCGUGGGGGACCUACACCGAGCGCCGCAAUGCCCUGCGUGAGUUCCUGACCUCGGACCUGAGCCCUCACCUGCUCAAGCGCCACCACGCCCGCAUGCAGCUGCUGCGUAAGUGCUCCUACUACAUCGAGGUCCUGCCCAAGCACCUGGCCCUGGGCGACCAGAACCCGCUGAUGCUGCCUAGCGCCGUGUUCCAGCUCAUCGACCCCCGGAAGUUCCAGCGCAUGAAGAAGGUGGGCACAGCUCAGACCAAGAUCCAGCUCCUGCUGCUCGGGGACCUGCUGGAGCAGCUCGACCACGGCCGCGCUGAGCUGGACGCCCUGCUCCAGUCGCCAGACCCUCGGCCCUUCCUGGCCGACUGGGCGCUGGUGGAGCGGCGGCUGGCGGACGUGUCGGCCGUCAUGGACAGCUUCCUGACCAUGAUGGUGCCGGGGCGGCUGCACGUCAAGCACCGCCUGGUGUCUGAGGUCAGUGCCGCCAAGAUCCCGCACAUCUGGCUCAUGCUGGGCACCAAGAUGCCCGUCGUGUUUGACCGGAAGGAGUCGGCGGCCCACCAGGACUGGGCCCGGCUGCGCUGGUUCGUCGCCAUCCAGCCGGCCACGUCGGAGCAGUAUGAGCUGCGCUUCAGGCUGCUGGACCCGCGGACGCAGCAGGAGUGCGCCCAGUGUGGCGUCAUCCCCGUGGCUGCCUGCACCUUUGACGUCCGAAACCUGCUGCCCAACCGUUCCUACAAGUUCACCAUCAAGAGGGCUGAGACCUCCACGCUGGUGUACGAGCCCUGGAGGGACAGCCUCACCCUGCAGACGAAGCCAGAGCCCUGGAGGGGCCCGCCCUCAGCCACUCUGUCCGAGAGAUGAUUUUCUAAUAUUUAUGCACUAAUAAAGAGGAGUGUAAACGCACAUAC